CUGCUGAACAUGCUCACAACGAACAAUCUAAUUCUAAUUGACGGUAGCACGGGGUUGGCAGUACUUCUUUCCACGGUCAUCAUCUAUUAUGUCACCAAAAUUGUCUAUAAUGUCUUCUUUCACCCACUCAGUCGGUUCCCGGGCCCGGUCUCCCAUGCCCUUUCUCGCCUUCCCUAUUGCUACUAUGCACUCCUAGGGACGCUCCCAUUCCACAUGUUGGACCUCCAUGAUCGUUAUGGGGACAUUGUCCGCAUUGCACCUGAUGAACUUGCGUUCUCGCAUCCGGACGCCUGGAAGGAAAAAAUGGGCCACAAGAACAGCGAGGAAGAGCUGGGCAAAGCCGAUUGGUUUUACCGACCGUUUCCCGAAGCACGACACAUUGUCAACGAAGAGCGAGAUCAGCAUAAAUGUCUGCGUCGCGCCAUGGCUCAUGGUUUCUCGGAGAAGUCAAUGCGAGAUCAGGAGCCCUUGAUUCGCAAAUACACUGAUUUGCUUUUGGAGAAGUUGCAUGUGCAUAGCAAAAGUGGACAACCCGUGGCCCUUUCAGACUGGUACAAUUUCACCACAUUUGAUAUCAUUGGUGAUCUUGCAUUUGGUGAAGCGUUUGGUUGUUUGGAAAAUGCAAAAUAUGAUUCUUGGAUCAGAAGUAUAUUUGAAUCGGGACGGUUGGGAAUUAUACUCCAGUCAAUAUCGUUCUACCCCAUGUUCAGAACAAUUCUAUUGCUGUUGGUUCCGAAAUCGCUCCAGGACGCCCAGAAGAAGCAUAAAGCCCUUACCACGACUAAGAUGCUCCGCCGAUUGGCUAUUACCGAAAAUCGACCCGAUCUGAUCAACAGGUCGGAGACCACAGCAUCUUUGUUGAGUGGAGUCACCUAUUUCCUUCUUGAGAAUCCUGGAGCUCAUCAAAAGCUGAGGGACGAAGUUCGGUCCACUUUUCGCAGCCAAGAUGAGAUCAACCUGAUCAGUGUCAACAAAUUAUCCUAUAUGCUCGCGUGUCUCGAUGAAGGUCUGCGUAUGUACCCACCCAUAGCAAACGGUCUCCCGCGCAUGUGCCCGCGAGGAGGGUGCACGGUGCUUGAGCACUAUAUACCAGCAAACACUUAUGUGUCAAUGCACCAGUGGGCACUCUAUCAUCGUGAAAAGCACUUCACCGAACCCAACUCAUAUCAUCCCGAGCGUUUCAUGGGCAGCCCACAGUUCGCGAAUGAUCGUUGUGACGUUUUUCAGCCAUUCCAUGUGGGUCCAAGAAAUUGCCUAGGGAGAAACCUUGCAUACAGCGAGAUGCGUCUCAUUCUUGCCUUGAUCAUGUUUAACUUUGACAUGGUUAUCUCGGAGGACUGCCAUGACUGGAUCCAGCAGAAGAACUUUCUGAUGUGGCAGAAACGGCCGCUGAAAGUUUACUUGAAACCUGUACCCAGAGAUAGUCCGUGA